AUUCCGUGUUCCUCUUCCCCACUACAAAACCCCCUUCCUCGCCUCAGUCUUCACCCAUCGAAACAACGAAGUGAACCGAGCCGGAAUAGAAAUAGAUUUCCAGCGGUUCCGACCGGAUUAAGGCCGAAAAAGAUGCCUUCGCUUGAAGCAGAGAAACAGCCGGCGCAGGUGCAGGUCCGGUCUGUGUGGGCCGACAACCUGGAGGCGGAGUUCGACCACAUCCGUGAGGCCGUGGAGCGCUACCCCUUCGCCGCCAUGGACACCGAGUUCCCCGGCGUCGUUCACCGCUCCCGGAAGCACCCCGCCCACCUCUCCACCGCCGAGCGGUACGCGCUGCUCAAAGCCAACGUCGACGACCUCCACCUCAUCCAAGUCGGGCUCACCCUCUCCGACGCCGCCGGCAACCUCCCCGACCUCGGCGACGACGGCGGCGUCCGCUACAUCUGGGAGUUCAACUUCAGUGAUUUCGACCUCUACCGCGACCGCUACGCCCCCGAGUCCAUCGACCUCCUCAAGUCCAACGGGAUCGACUUCGAGAAGAACCGGGCGCGGGGAAUCGACUCCCGCCACUUCGCCGAGCUCCUAAUGUCGUCGGGACUGGUGUGCAACGACUCGGCCGUGAGCUGGGUGACGUUCCACAGCGCCUACGACUUCGCAUACCUGAUCAAGAUCCUAACUUGCCGCCGGCUGCCGGAGCAUCUGGGCGGAUUCAUGGCCUUGGUGAGGGUUUUCUUCGGGGACAAGGUGUUCGACAUGAAGCACAUGUUGAAGUACUGCCACAGCCUGUACGGCGGAUUGGAGCGGGUGGCGAGCGCCCUGGAGAUCGACCGGGCGGUGGGGCGGUGCCACCAGGCGGGAUCGGACAGUUUGCUAACCUGGCAAGCCUUCCGGCGGAUGAAGGAGCUCUUCUUCGUGGAGGACGCGGGCGAGAAGCAUGCCGGAGUCCUCUAUGGAUUGGAAUUCGCUGACCCAUAGUCUUAAUUCUUCGAUUAGUUUGUAUGUAAAGAGUGAGUUUUGUGAAUGAUAAUUAUGAAACGAAUGGUAAAAAUCCGAAGGACUGGGUUUGACUUUAA